AUGGCUUAUACACAACCACAUCCCCGACUUUCCGUCCUCUCAACGUCUUCCCAAUCUUCAGUCGAACAUUUAUCGCCAACGGCCAGUUCAACCCGGUUUUCUUUACCCUCUGCUCCCUCUAUUCAAGCUACACUCAACAAAGCAGCCCCACAUCGGCCCAAUAUCUACGACAGAAAUCUUAACAAAACGAGAGGAACUGAAGUUUCUGCCUCCGCCUUUGCUUUCUUGUUCUCAGAGGUCGUUCAGUACACUCAGAAACGCGUCAAUGGUAUAAAUGACUUGGAACGUCGGUUGAAUACACUUGGUUAUCGAAUCGGCACCCGGGUGCUUGAGUUGAUGGUUUGGCGGGCAGAGUCGUCGUCGAAAACACCCAAACGAGAAACUCGCUUUUUGCCUGCGUUAAUGUCCAUCCACACUCAAGUUUGGAAGGCUGUCUUUGGGAAAGCAGCUGAUGCCAUUGAGAAGAGUGUAGAAAACGCAGAUGAAUAUAUGAUAAUCGACAACGACCCUCCAAUUGAACGGUACAUUUCCGUACCACGCGAUAUGAGUCAAUUAAGUUGUUCGUCAUUCACUGCGGGAAUCGUCGAAGCUGUUCUCGAUGGGCUUGGUUUCCCGGCAAGAGUGACGGCUCAUAAUACACCAACCUCUCAGUUCCCGUCUCGAACUACAAUACUCAUCAAGUUGGAGAAGUCUGUGCUAGACCGCGAAGAAUUGAUGAAGCAAUAGACAUGCGAUAACUGCAGGAUUUUGUGGGCUUUCUGUGUUGUGUAGGUCGAGGAUGGAGAUAUCGGAGAUAGCAUUUCCUCUCAGUUGAUCAUGGUCAAGGUCAAUAAUAUUGAGAUAUCACCGCCUAUU